AUGGCCAGCGAAGAUGGAGAGACCGUUGAGAGUCCGCACUCCGUGGUUACGCAGUCCGACUUGGUGAGGACCACGUCCCGAGUCUUGGAGACGGAGCUCCUAAGGGGAGUGGCCCUCCAUCGGGUCUUGAGCCACUGGGGGAGGCACUUCUCGCCACCGGAUUCGGGUAUGUUCCGAGUCGAUCCAGGGUUAUAUCAGCUCAGUGUGGAAACAGAAGCCCUGGAUGACUUCUUGAGCCACGACUGGCAGACGCCUCGUUGGAUGAAGGUCUCGGCCUUGCUCAUCAUCCACAACUCCAAGGCCGCUGGCAUCGCAUCACUGGUCGCCAGCUGCUUGAUUGGCAUCCUGCGGGCUGUACAGCUCCUGCCCAACGAGCCCUGGACGCUUUGCAUCGGGCAUGCCAUCUUCGGGUUGGUCCUGUCCUUUUGGCAACGCCUCCGACUAUUGUUUUGCAAGCCAAAGAUGAUGUUCUUGGACAAGCUUUGCAUUACCCAGCACGAUGAGGACCUGAAACGCAAGGGAAUACUUGGGCUUCCCGCUUUCCUCAAUUGCUCCCAGCGCUUCACGAUCCUGUGGUCCGCGCGAUAUUUCAAUCGUCUAUUUUGCGCCUACGAAGUAGCCACCUUUCUCGCGCGCCCGAGGGAGGACGCUGCAAUCCGGCUCAUGCCCGUGAAGUUGGCGGCGAUCAUCUUCAUGGUCAGCGCAGCGUGCCACGCCAGUGGACUGGGAUAUUGGCUCCUGGUGGAGCUAACAGUCAGCCGGGGUUCUGAAGUACCGAACAUGCUCCAGUUCUGCUUGCUCUGGGUCUCGCUCACACCGUUGCUGGCAACAACCCUGCCCGUGGUCUUCUACGUGGGCAUUGGGCUCAUUGUGGAGAUGAAGGAGCUUCCCUUGCAGCUCGCAAAGUUCAGGAUCGAAGCUUCAGAGUGUUACUGUUGCAGCAACAACCAUCGGCACCCCGAGACGGGCGAGGUCUUGAGGUGUGAUCGGCAGCUGAUCCUUAAGACUCUGCAGGCAUGGCACACUGGACCUGACGGAGGGCAUGUUCAUGCCUUCAAUGAGCUGGUUCGUGGCCAGCUGGCCUCGGUCAUUUCAAGCGUGCUACAUUACAGGCUGCCCCUGAGGUACAUUGUGAGCAUGAUGUGCAGCUGCAGCUUUCCCUCCCUCGCUUGUCUGAUCCCGAAGUUGGCGACGAUUGCUGCGGAGGGUGGGACAUUCACCUGCAGCCUGCGUGCCAUCAUGCACUGGGCCUACAUCUUCUUGGUGGCUGUAUUCUGGCCACAGCUCUGCCUGCACUUGUUCGUCCUUGGCACGAAGCUGAUGAGGCGCGUGUCACGUGUCGCGGCGACGGCCGUAGUGGUAAGCAUCUCCUUUGGCUGCGUGACAGCGGCAUGGAUGGCAUUCCAACUCACUGUGGCUGCCACGGCCUGCGACAGCUUAAUGCCUGCAGUCCCGUUCCUGCUGUUCUCAGCUGUGAAUCUUAUGCUGUGUAGACUUCCCGAAUCCUUGAAAUCCAUAGUGGCCAUGGUGACGCAUCGGCCUAUUGGGGCAUCCGUCUUCCCCAAGCCCGACAGCUCCAGGAUACCUGAAGCUGAGACGGCCAGCACAUUUUCCAUUUGA